AUGACGGGCGGAACGCAGAAUGAGAAGUUACUGGAGGACACGGCCAUUGUCAAGGCGAUGCAGAAAGAGUAUCCGUUUUUGAAGAACUGGCGGGAUUACCAUUUUGAAGAUAUGCGAGGAAUUUACAACAGCAAGUUCGAAUCCAUUUGUGCAGAAAUCGCCGGAAAAUCCGAUUACAGGAGCAAGUGGAAUUGCUUGAAUCUAUUUAGCAUUAUCGACACUGUAAUCAACAGAGGAAGAGUGAAAGAGGAUGACGCCAUCUGGACGACUAUAAAAAAAUUGUUUGAUAGACAUAAAGAAACUAUAGAUUUCAGGUCAAAUAUCAUAACCAGAUACAUCAAUGAUAUGGGAAAAGAGCUACAAGAUAUACUUUUGGAGGAUUUUAAGAAAUUUAAAAGUACCCAUGAAAAUAAUUACGAAUUUGCCCAUAUAGCUAUGUUAUUUUAUUUCACACAAAAUGUAGUAGACAUUAGGGAAUUGAUGAAUGCUAGAAGUAAUACCCACUUUGCUUCUUCUUGUAAAUUUGUAAAUCAUUGUCUGGAGAUUUACCGGCGUAUUAAGCACCUCAAAUGUUCCGUUAAUUCACCCCCCAAUUCUAGGGGCAGUACCUUAUGCGUGGAACUUAAUAAUUUUUUACAAAGGUACAAAGAAUUAUUGUAUCCAAAACUCAAAGAGUGGCAUAUUGUCGACGCACCUGAAAAGACAGAUGACCCCACGAUUUUUCCAUUAAAGUGUGCUAAUGAGGUUCCUGAAAGUGGAUUCUUUAGCCGUUAUAUUGAAAACGAAAAUCAUUUGUCCUUGGGGGGCAAGGUGGGGGUGAUUUCUUUUUCUGCCAUUUUCGUAUCCCUCAGUUUGUUCAUGCUGUACAAGUUUACCCCUCUGGGAAACAUAUUUGGUAGAGACAGGAGAAGAAGAGGACGAACUUGGAUAGAUAUGGGAAAUGGUUAUGGACAAGAAAUGGAUGAUGACAUGAGCAGCAUCGAUCCAGGUUCUGAAGGAACGCAAUAUAUGCCCUACUAUGAUUCUCAAAGGAUGGGAGGCAAUGGAAAUUAUGGAAUGCAAAGUUUUGACAGUAGUACUACUACUGGGUCAGGGAGUACUUUGAGAAGCACAUCCUAUGAUUCGUCUCAAACGUUGGGAGGUUCACCAUAUGGAUCGUCUCAAACGUUGGGAGGUUCAUCGUAUGGGUCAUCUCAAACAUUUGGAAGUUCAACAGGCGGAUCAUCUCAAACAUUUGGAGGUUCAACAGGCGGAUCAUCUCAAACAUUUGGAGGUUCAACAGGCGGAUCAUCUCAAACAUUUGGAGGUUCAUCGUACGGGCCAUCUCAAACAUUUGGAAGUUCAACAGGCGCAUCAUCACAAGCGUCGGGAGCUUCACAACGUGGGGGGCCGGGAACUUCGAGAAGUUCAAAACGUAGAGUGUCACAAACCUCGGGAGGUUCAGGAGGCAGGUCGUCACAAACGCCGGGAGGUUCAUCUUAUGGUUCGUCUCAAACGUUGGGAGGUUCAUCGUAUAGCUAG